AUGCACCAGAAAAUAUUUAUUUGCUGCUGCAUGCAGCAGCUUGUGGGUCUUAGCAGAGUUGUCUUAAGUCUUGUUUUCCCAGCAGCAAUUGCUGCUGCUGCUGCACCUGCUCGUGCUGCUGCUGCUGCUGCUGCUCCAUCUGAUUCCGAUUCCGACUCCGAGGAGGAAGAGCAGCAGCAGCAGCAGCAGCAGCAGCAGCAGGAGGUUGGUGAUGAUGAGCUGCAGCAGCAGAUGCAGCAGGAGGAGUAUGAUGUGGAUGAGGACGACGAGCAGCAGCAGCAGCUGCAGCAGCAGCAGCAGCAGCAGCAAACUGUGCUGCGUCAGCGGCGGUACAGGCCGCUGAGGCAGAGGGGAGCAGCAGCACGUUUGCCGCUGCUGCUGAUGAGGAAAAGGAGAAAAGUUCCUGCUGCUGCUGCUGCUGCUGUUGCUGCUACUCUAUUUAUAUUACUCUUUUCUCUUAUAAAAGGCAUGCAAGAAUCCUCUACUCAGCUGCUGCAGCAGCAGCAGCAGCAGCAGCAGCAAGUGCUGCGGCUGCACCUGCGUCGGCAAGAGGAGCUGCAGCAACCAACUACUCCGUCGCUAUAUGCUGAAUCCGUAGAAGACGAAGAAGCAGCAGCAGAUGCUGCUGCUGCUGCUGCAGCAGAAGAAGAAGCAGCAGCAGCAGCAGCAGCAGCAGCAGCAGCAGCAGCAGAAGCAGCAAAGGAGGAUGUGAGCGCACCCAAAGAAGAUGUUGGCCCUCCUGGUCGGGACACCACUGCAGCAGCAGCAGCAGCAGCAGCAGCAGCAGAAGCAGGCGAAAUAGAAGAUGCAGAAGCAGCUGCAAAAGGAGCAGCAGCAGCAGAACCAGCCAAAGGAGCUGCAGAAGAAAAAGAAGAAGCAGCAGCAGCAGCAGCAGCAGCAGCAGAGGAAGAAGAGGAAGCAGCAGACCCCGAGGAGAGAGCAAUGCUAGCGGAGUUAGCAGCAGCAGCAAAAGCAGCAAGAGAAGCAGCAGCAGCAGCAGAACUGCAUGCAGAGAAAUUAACAAGAGAAUUCUUAGCAGCAGCAACAGUAGCAGCAGUAGAUGCAGAUAUUGCUGUUGCUGCAGCAGCAGAAGCACGAGCAGCAGCAGCAGCAGCAGCAGGAGCAAGGGAUCAAGAAACUACAGCAAAACGUCAAGCUAAGCAGGCGCAGCAAAUAGCAGCAGAUGCUGCUGCUGCUGCUGCUGAUGCUGUUAGCAGGGAAAAGGAAUCAAAGGAAGCAGCAGCAGAUGCAGCAGCAGCAGCAGAGAAAGAUGCAGCAGCAGCAAGAGCAAAAGCAGAAGAAUCAAUGAGGAAAAAGGCCAAGGCAGACAAAGCAAAAGCAGUAGCAGCAGCAGCAGCAGCAAGAGCAGCAGAAGAAGCAGAAGCAGCAGCAGAAGAGGGUAGGGUAGAGGAGACAGUUGCUGCUGCACUAGCAGAAGCAGAGAACAAGAUAGCAGCAGCAAGAACAGCAGCAGCAAGAGCAGCAGCAUCACGUAGGAUAGAGAUUACUGCAGCAGACGAAGCAAGAGCAGCAGCAGCAACAGCAAGAAGGAAGCAGGCGAAGGCAACAGCAGCAGCAGCAGAAGUAGAGGAAUGCAGACGCGUUGUUGCUGCUGCAGCAAGAACAGCAGAAGAAGCAGCAGAUGCAGCAAAACGUGCAAGGGAAUCUCCUAGGGCAAGAGCAGCAGCAGCAACAGCAGAAGAAGCAGAAGCAGCAGCAGCAGCAGCAAAAGAGAGGCUCAAUCGGGCAAGAGACGACGCAGAGGAAGCAGAAGCUGCAGCAGACGAAGCAGCAGAUGCAGCAACAGCAGCAGAAUAUGAUGCGGAUCUAGCAGCACAAGCAGCAGAGGAUGCAAAUGCUGCAGCAGCAGAAGCAGCAGCAGCAGGUGGCACAUGGAUAAGAGAGCAGCAGGAGGGAGCAACAGAUGAUGCAGCAAGAGAAGCAGCUGCUGCUGCUGUUGAAGCAGCACGAGCAGCAGCAGAUGCAGCAGCAGCAACAGCAAAGAGGAGGGAAUCGCAAGCAGCAGCAAAGAAGAAAAGAGCAGCAAAAUGUAGAUCGUUAGUUAUAACUGCAGCAGCAGCAGCAGAAGCAGAUGAGGAAGCAGCAAAGAGGGCAAAAGAAGCAGCAGAGGAAGCAGCAGCAGAAGAUGAUGAGGAAGAAGCAGCAGCAGCAGCAGCAGCAGUACCUGUAGCAGAAAGAGAAGCAGCAAAAUCAAGACAAAGGCUUGCUGAUGCAAAAAGAGCAGCAGCAGAUGCAGAUAAUGCAGCAAAAGCAGCAGAUGCAGAUGCAGCAGCAGCAGGAAAGGCAGCACAAGAAGCUGCUGCAGCACUAGCGGAAGCAGAAAGAGCAGCAGGGCUAUCUGCUGCAGCAGAGGAGACACUAUUAAGCCCGGAAGCAGCAGCAGCAGCAGAAGCAGCAGCAGCAUCAAAGGCAGCACUAGACAGGGCAAGACAGCUGGCAGCAGCAGCAACAGCAGCACGCAGAGAAGCAGACAGAAGGAGAGCUGCUGCUGCUGCAGUAGAGCAGGAAGCAAGGGCACUAGCGAGAGCAGCAGCAGCAGCAAGAGAAGCAGCAACAGCAGCAACAGCAGCAACAGAUUGGCAUGCAGACAGAACUGCAUCUGAAUUAAGGGCAGUAGCGGAGGUACUAGAGGAAGCAGAGGAAGCAGCAGCAGCAGCAAAACGAGCAGCAGCAGCAGCAAAGAAGAGAGAAAGAGAUUUAAAUGCAACGCAUGCAACAGCAGCAGCAACAGCAGCAGCAGAUGCUGCAGCAGCAGAAGAAGCAGUAGCAGCAUCCGAAGCAGCAAGAUCAAGAGCAGCAGAAGCAGCAGAGACAGUAGAUUUCCUUAGACAGCUGAAUGCAGCAGCAAGAGAUGCAGCAGCAGAAGCAGCAGAAGCAGCAGAAGCAGCAGAAGCAGCAAAAGAGGAAGCAGAUGCAGCAGAGGAUAGGGCUAUUGAAUCCUUAGUAAAAAGUGAGCAAGCAGCAGCAGCAGCACAACUAGAUGCUGCUGCAGUAGCAAGAACAGCAGCAGUAUAUCGUGCUGCAGCAGCAGCACAACAAAGAUCAGAAAAUACAGCAGCACAAGCAGCAGCAGCAGCAACUGCUGCUGCUGCUGCUUACCAUGCAGCAAGGAGUAAGGCUAUGCCCUUAGAGGCAGGAGUAGUUGCAGCAAAAAGGGACCUACAGAGUAAGACGGAUGCAGGAGCAGCAGCAGCAGAAGCAGCAGAAGCAGCAGCAGAGGAAGCAGAAGCAGCAGAAGAAAGAUUAGCAGCAGCAAGAGUAGCAGUACGUCGUCGUCAUGUUGCGCAUGCAGUUCCUGCUGCGCUGCUGCCGCAUAUAGCAGCAGCAGGAGAUAUUCUUGCUGCUGCAGCAAGAUUACUACCUUUCUUAGAUGACGAUGCAGCAGCAGCAACAGCAGCAAAACUAGAGGAAUUAAGGGAAGGAAUAAAGGAGACACAAAGAAGAGGAGAGAGAGCAGCAACAGCAGCAGCAGCAGCAGAUGAAUGGCAGCAGCUAAGAUUGCUGCUGCAGGAAGUAUCUGUAUUUACUGUAUCUGUAGUAGAUGCAGCAACAGAUGCAGCAGAAGAUGGUGUUGCUGCACUGCAGGAGCAGCAGCAGCAGCAGCAGCAGCAAGGGGAAGGACAAUGGGCAGCUUUCCUUCUGUCUCCUCAGGAGACAAAUGAUCUUAAUGAGGCAAUUGUCUCCUUAAUUAGAUCUGUUGCUGCUAAUCAUGAUCAGCUUGUUGAUGCUGCUGUACAUACACUGCAGCACAUGCAGGAUAUAAGGGAGGAGCUGCAGCUGCUGCAGGAAGAGCAGCAGCAGCAGCUGGAACAGGAAGAGGAGCAGCAGGAAGAGGAGGAGCAGCAGGAAGAGCAGCAGCAGCAGUAUACUGAUGAAGAAGAGCAAGAACAAGAAAUGCAAGAAAUAACACCACAACAAAGGCAGGAACUGCAGCAGCAGCAACAGCAGCAGCAACAGCAGCAGCAGCAACAGCAGGAGUUAUGGUGUACAAAAGGUAGGAAAUUGCUGCUGCUUGCUGCUGAAUCAGGAGACAGUCUGUUUAUAGCAGCGCAGCAAUCGCAGCAGCUAAGACAGCAAAUGAGGCAACUGCAGCAAGCAGCAGCAGCAGCAGCAAAAGCAUCGAAACAGGAGACAGUAGGGGAGGAGACAGCAGGGGAGGAGACAGGGAGGAAGAAGAAGAAGAAGGAGGAGGAGGAGGAGGAGGAGGAGGAAGAGGAGGAGGAAGAGGAGGAAGAGGAGGAGGAGGAAGAGGAGGAAGAGGAAGAGGAGAAAAGGAAGAAAAAGACACAAAAAGAGACAAAGAAGGAGAGAGACACAAGAAAGGAGAGGGAAAAAAGAAAGGAGAUAAAAAAAGAGGAGGAGAAGGAGGAGGAGGAGAAGGAGGAGAAGGAGGAGGAGGAAGAGGAAGAGGAAGAGGAAGAGGAAGAGGAAGAGGAGGAGGAGGAGAGGAGGAAGUAA